GGUCGAAGCCACGGCGACACGGGUGCGAUAGGUAAAUCCUCACCUGAGCACAUAAACAUCCGGGGAGGUUAUCAUGCGGUUGCGCCCCUCUCUGUCCUCCCCCUCAGCCAUGGCCUUUUAACUCUCUUCCAUUGCUUGACCAUUCCUUGCUCCGCCCAAAACACAACUAUGGAGAGCUUGCUGCAGAAACUCCAAGUCCCGCAUCCCCUGAACGAGGCCCCUCCAACCGCCCUGAUCAGCCAUGAUGUGAAGCCCAUCGAGAAGGCCCGGCGAGUCUGGGCAUGGCCAGCGUUCAUCGCUCUGUGGAGCACCGUCGCAUUCAACAUGUCCAACUUCCAAAUGGGCUCCAGCAUGCUGGCCAUCGGCCUUACCUGGUGGCAGACCUUCAUCGCCACUCUGAUCGGGCACGUCCUCGCCUCCGCCUUGGUCGUCGUGGCCAGCUUCCCAGGGCUCUACUACUACAUCUCGUUUCCCGUGGCGAGCCGCAUCGGAUGGGGGUACACGGGCUCCGUCUUCGUGGUCCUCAACCGCAUCCUCCUGUCCAUCGUCUGGUUCGGCGUCCAGGCCUGGCAGGGCGGCAUGAUGACCUACGUCUGCCUGCGCGCCAUCUGGCCCAGCAUCGACAACAUCCCCAACACGAUCCCCACCCGCACGGGCAUGACGCUGCCGCAGUUCGUGGGCUUCAUCGUCUUCUUCGUCAUCGAAUUCCCCUUCCUCUUCCUGUCCCCGCGGAAGCUGCGCUACCUCGUCUACGCCGGCUCGGUUUCCGGGGUGGUCGUGCAGCUGGUGCUCGUCAUCUGGGCGUGCGCGACCAUGGGCGCGGCCGGGUUCGGCUCGGUGAUCUCGACGGGGUCAUCGGCCCUCCCGAGCUCGCAGCUGGGCUGGAUGUUCGUCUACUCGGUCAUGUUGACCGUGUCGAGCGUGACCAGCGGCACGGUGAGCGUGUGCGACUACGCGCGCUUCGCCCGCCGGCCCUCGUCGGGCACGUACUCGCAGUUCGCCGGCUUCCUGCCCGGCUGGCUGUCCAACGUGUUCGGCGUGCUCACCAUCGCCGCCACGCAGAACCGCUACGGCUCCCAGCUCUGGAGCGUCGCCUCGCUGCUGAUCGCCAUGCAGGACGCCGACGGCGGAUCCGGUACGCGCGCCGCCGUCUUCUUCGCCGGCCUCGGCUUCGGCAUCUCGCAGAUCUCGCUCAACGUCGUCGGCAACUCCUUCUCCGGCGGAACCGACAUGUCGGCCCUGCUACCAAAGUACAUCAAUAUCCGCCGCGGGCAGAUCAUCACCUGCCUGCUCGGCCUCGUCAUUAACCCCUGGUACCUGCUCAGCGGCGCCGUCAUCUUCGUCUCCGCCAUGUCGGCCUACACCAUCUUCCUGCAGCCCUUCCUCGGCAUUCUCGUGGCUCACUACUUCGUCGUCCAGAAGUGCCGCAUCAAGGUGUCGGACCUGUACACGACGGGCAAGGAGUCCAUCUACUGGUACUCGUUCGGGCUGAACUGGAGAGCUGUCGUGGCGUGGAGUGUCGCCGUGGCACCUCACCUCCCCGGAUUUCUCAAUAUCGUGAACCCCGAAAUCCACGUCUCCGUCGGAGCAUCCAGGGUGUACUACCUCACGUCAUUCACCAGCUUCCUGAUCUCAUUCGCUCUCACUAUCAUCCUCCACUUGGCCUUCCCUGUGCAGGUGCAGACGGACUACGUCAACAGCAGGUCGCGAGACCAGGCCAGGGACGAGUGCGAGGAAUACAUUGAUGAGAUGGAUCUCGGGUUUGGCACGCCUCAGGACUUGGACUUUGAGAAGGCGGAAGGAGGAGCGGAAACGGUUGAAGAGAAACAGUUGUAG